AUGAACGAGGCGCGGGCACGAAUUCUGGUGAAUUUCCGGCACUCGCUGGAUUCGCUGCUUUUUCUGCUCGGCCACCGACCUCCGCCGCCUCCGUUUGCCUGUGCGCUCGCUCUGGACAGUCCGUCCGACGCUCCGUUGGCUCCGACACCGUCGCACACGUACGGAAGUGUACGCGAAAUGAUCGAGGACUUUAGCAUCGUUUUCGGAGUGCCCAAAUAUCGGACCAGCAAGCGUGAGUGCUAACAUUUUAGAGUUUUUCAAUAACAAUCAAUUUUUCAGCGAAAAAAGUGACGCGAAAGUUCUCGUUCACGCGACUCCUCCAACCGAUCGAUAAUCUGGUGACGUGUCCGACGUGUUCCUCUCAUCAUCCGUCCGACACGAUCUGCGGCGAGUGCUACAAAAAAGUGCACGAAUUGACGUCGGCGAUCAAGAAAAAGAUGAUGGCGUACAAUCCGUACGUGGGCGAGAAGCAGGACAAGGAGCUGUUCGUCAGAUUCAAGGGGGACGCUCCGGAAGCGGCGGACGUCGUGAAAGGAAAGCGCGUGAUCGAGAUGGAGAAGGAGAGGCCGAGCUGGUUCAAGAAAAUCGUCCUGAAAUAG